AAACUACAAUGUGUGGUUGGUUGUUUGUUUGUUUGUUUGUUUGUUUGUUUGUUUCUAAAUUAACAAUUUCCCUGGGUUAGGGAAACAUUGAGAAAACUAUGGAAUUAAAUAUGUGCCAAAGGUGUCAGAAGUAUUGAGCGUAACUUUUCGAUGAGAGAAGAAAAACGCUGAAAGUGAAAACAGUGAACUCGGUGGCAAAAAUGUAACACGGUCUUCAAAUAAACAGCAUUCUUUGUUAACAGUUUUCUAAGCUUCCUUUUCGCUAAUUAUGGUUUAUGAAUUCACUGGCAGUUUUCGUUAACAUUUACGUUCACCGCUCUGGCACAAAUCUCUCUUGUAGGUGGGAUUAACAGCGCUUUACUUUCAUGUGCUAGUGAGAUUUGGAUCGACAGCUCGAGUGUCCAGCUGAGGAGGAGGAUGAUGAUGAUGACGAUGACGCCGCUCCUGAGAGCUCAUCUUGAAAAAAUUGUUGUAUGAAACUACCCAGACUUCAAAUAUUAAUUACGAGCUAAUACACUAUAAUAAUAUGUAAUCCAUCUCGCCUCAUUACAUGUCACCGUGGGGAAGAGAUACACUGUAGGCUACCACCCCAGGAGCCAACAUCUAAACGUGAUCGAGUGAGAGUUGAAGAGUGAGUGAAGAACUGAAAGAGGUGACGUCUCAGGGAGCGGGAGACAGCUCAUCACUGGACAUGUCGUACAGCAACCAGACUCCCCCCGACUCCAGCAGCAACAGCGGCAGCUCCAGCUCGGCGUCUCAGUAUGCUACGGCGGCGCUGGGCGUGGGGCUGCUCGUGCUGGGCAUCGUGAUGAUCCUGUGGAGCGUGGUGCCUGUCGAUGGAUCCUUAAACAACUCUCAGACUACAGAUGGGCAAGUUAGGAACACAUCGUCAGUGGGCUUUGUUCUGCUGGGCACAGGAGUGGCCAUGCUGCUGCUCUCACUUUUCCUCGGCAUCCAAAACAAAUACCGAGCACAGAGACGAUCCAACAGCAACGCUAACACAGAGCAAGGACAGCAGGGAGAGAGGCAACCGGACGAAGCCGAGCAGUACACGGUACCCAGUUAUGAGGAGGUGGUUGGAAGUACUCAGUACCCCAUCAGCCAGUUCUCUCCACGGCAGAACAGCACCACCCAUCUGCCAGCCUACGAUGAACUGAUUGAGACAGCACAGGAUGACGUGGAGGGCUCUGGUCCACAUGAACACAAGAACGGAGCAGACGAUUUGAACUUGACACACAUACCCCCCCAUAAGACCAACCGCUCCGGCCUCAAACUGCUUCCACUGAAAGUGAGGAGGAAGAGCUCGAGCAGCUCGCUACAGGUCACUGUCUCCAGCAUCGAACCCCUCACUCCUCCACCACAGUAUGAGGAAAAUCCCCCAGAGCUCCCACCAGCAGCACACUGACCAUGUCAGCACUAACUCUUAUGGCAGGAAGUGUGUGCUGUGAUUUAAACACGCAUGAUGGUUUGGGCACUAAUUCGUAAUGUGCAUCACAGCUGCAGUCAUCACUAUGUUCUGUACAGGAGCUGAAGACACAGUUUGUCUUCAUGACUGAAUAAUAAUGAAAGCUUCAAUAUAUCCCAUAGCUAAGGGAAGGAGAGUAUUUGCUAUGUGCUUCCUGUUUAUUAUAUCCGAAGAGAGUGUUUCGGAGCUGGAGACUGCAGCAGACAAACACAUUUUAAACAGAAACAUGGGAGAGGUUUUCUAAAGGAAUCUCUAAUGGAAGUGUAAUUAACACACUCAGGAAACAUGUGCCAGUGUGCUCUGCAUUAGUCUUCUCAGUCAUUUGUGUUAUUUAAAAAAAAAAAUAAAAAAAAAAAUAAAAAAAAAAACAUCUUCUUAGUCUCAGCCUCAAUGCCAGCUUCUGGCUUUAUAUUGUAUUAUGUCUUUCAACACUUCUCAACCUGAACAGUGUUACAUGAAUGAUGAAACAGGGUAUUUCACUUAACAAAUAAUUUUUAUAAUAUCAUGAAUUAUGUUCUUAUGCUAUACAACUCUGGCAACGUUCAAAUGAAAUUGCUGCUACAGAGCCUCCAUGUUAUUUAAGAUCAAGAGCGUAACAUAACAGCCAGACUACGACAUGAAAUAGUUCAAUAGCGAGUUUAGCCAGCACCUUUUUUGUGUAAUGGAGUUGUCGCAUUAUGUGUGAUCGGUGACGUUCGUCUGCGCUCUGUGUCAGUACCCUUUACCGGGAGUGAGACUAGCCCUUGUUACCAUAGUGACGAGCGGUGAAGUCAUGAAUGUGUAAGUGUGUUUGUGUGCCUCCUAAGGAGAGGAGACAGGGAAACUCUUUCACCAUGCAGCUGCAUGUUAUAUCACACAUUGUCCUUUUGC